GCGCCGGCGGCGCGGGGCAGGCCGGGAGCCGCGGGGGCCGCGGAGCGCUUCCGGGUCGCCGGUUCCCAGCGGGGCGGGGAGGAAAUGAGCUCAGGCGGCGGCCGCGGGGCUGCGGGCGGCCGCGGGCGGGGCCCCAUGGUUGUGACAGCUUUUCCCUUGCUGUCCUCGUCUGGUGACUCGUGACCCGUCACCAAUCACGGCGGAGUCUAUCAAGCCCACGCUCUGCAGGGUCGUCAUCUACCUCCAGAAGGAGAUGUCGGGGGACACGUGUCUGACCACCACCCUCUGCCCGGCCGCGGGGCCCAAGCCCAAAACCUGCAGCUUCAAAGGGGGCAGCCUUGGCAACAAGUACGUGCGCCUCAAUGUUGGGGGCUCUUUGUAUUACACCACGGUGCAAGUCCUGACCAGGCACGACACGAUGCUGAAGGCCAUGUUCAGCGGCAGAAUGGAAGUGCUCACGGACAAGGAAGGCUGGAUCCUUAUAGACCGUUGCGGGAAGCACUUUGGAACAAUUUUAAACUAUCUCCGGGAUGACACGAUUGCACUUCCAAAACACAGGCAGGAGAUCAAAGAGCUGAUGGCAGAAGCCAAAUAUUAUCUCAUUCAGGGCUUAGUGGACAUGUGCCAAGCAGCCCUGCAGGACAAGAAAGACUUGUAUGAACCUGUCUGUAGCAUCCCCAUUAUCACAUCUCCAAAGGAAGAAGAGAGACUGAUAGAAUCAUCAAUGAAACCUGUUGUUAAGCUGCUUUAUAAUAGAAGCAACAAUAAAUACUCCUACACCAGUAACUCAGAUGACAACUUGCUGAAGAACAUAGAACUGUUUGACAAACUCUCGCUCCGAUUCAACGGCCGAGUGCUUUUCAUUAAGGAUGUUAUAGGGGAUGAAAUCUGCUGCUGGUCUUUCUAUGGGCAGGGUCGGAAACUUGCUGAAGUCUGUUGUACCUCUAUAGUGUAUGCUACAGAGAAGAAGCAAACCAAGGUUGAGUUCCCCGAGGCAAGAAUUUAUGAGGAAACACUAAAUGUCUUACUGUAUGAAACCCCACGCGUUCCUGACAACUCCCUGCUGGAAGCAACCAGCAGGAGCCGCAGCCAGGCAUCUCACAGUGAGGAUGAUGAGGGGUUUGAACUUCGUGACCGAGUGCGCCGAAUCCACGUGAAGAGAUACAGCACCUACGAUGACCGUCAGCUUGGCCACUAGCACGUCCUUCAAGGAGAAGGGGGUUGGUGUCAAGGCUCAUGUUGAUAUUCUUUGAGGGAGAUCAGGAAGUAGGGAGGGAUUGGUUGGAUUCUGUGGAUUCAUCUUCAUUUGGCUUCUUGGCUCCAUAGAGAAGCAAAUGGGCAUUUGUGCACACAAAGCAACACUAAAAGCCAAAGGGCUUUCAGAGACGAUGUUCGUUUUGCACCAUGUGCUUUAAAUGCAGACUGGUCCCUUUUCAUGCCACACGAGGAAUGGAAUUCAGGAUGCUGAUUCUGACAGUUUGUGGUUGCUCUUUGAUGUCUAAAGACUUUGCCAGGUUUCUUACUUCCUUGAGAAGUCCUGCUCUUCCCGAAUGAGGUGGUGGGAUUUGAAAAGCUUUUCCCAGAUACCUGCCCUUUUUAGGGCUUUGUAUAAUGGAACUUUGAAGUUUUUAAGUUGAAAUACUGAAGAGGUGGCAGAGAGAACUUGAACGUGGCUACUCUUAGUAAACACUGUCUGAUAACCCCCAGAAGAAAUGGUUAGCUACCCUGUAUUCAGGUGCACUGCACUUGUGAUUCUUCCACCUCCUGCCCCAGUACACAUUCAAAGGUUUGUGUUGCAACAAAGCUUAUCUCUAAAAGUCAUUAAUUCUGAGGCAAGCUCUUCCAACGAGGUAAGACUCAAGUCAUGAGAAAACCUCCCCUAGUGGAAGAUCUGUAAUGAGUUGUCCUGGGAGAUGGAGAAAGGGGUUUGGGGAAGGAAGAAACCUUUUCAAGUAAGAAAACAUUAGGAAGAAAUCAUGGCAGGGUUGCUGUUCUUGAGGCCUGUGAUAGUGUAAUCCUGUUCAUAUAAACAAUGGCAGUCUGGGAAUUAGUUUUUUUUACAUUAGUUUCUUCCUGUGGCUCAGAAGUGCUAUUUGAUGUGAAAUUUCUCAAGCAGCAGGGGAAAAAUUGCAGUGACUGGGGAAGUACAGACUACCCAGUGUUCUGUAAGGCUAGAUGAUGUUCACAUAGGGAAGAGUGAAUUGUUUUGUGCUCUGAAUCCCUUCUCGAGCAUAGAAGUUGAAAUGGAAAGAGAAGAACAGUCAUAAAGAUCUUGUUCUAUCAUGAAACUGCAAGAGGCUUUGGGCACAGGAGAGGGGUAGCUUAUACUGAAUUUUAAACUGAAAUAAUCACUUCUGAGUGCUUGGCUGGGUGCUUAUUGUAAAGGGCCUUUCAGAAGGUUGGAGUCAAGGCAGCUCUGCACACUGGCUCUCUGGAAACAGUUUCGAGUUUAGUGUGAAAGGUCCUUACUGUAUUUUUAAAUGUUUGUGUUUUCUACAUUGCAGAUUCCAGCAUUACCACUGCUCUAAACAGUGAUCACUUGAUGGCUGCUCACUGGCAGCUCUGCGCCUGUGGCAGCAGUGGAUCAUGCUCCACAACUGCUUUGCUGUUCUCAUGUUGUACAUGAACAUGGAAGCUUCAGAUUCCAUGAUGAUUGGUCUGGAACUGUUUUGGCCAGUGCCAAAUUUAUGUAUAAGUUUUAAAGCAAAUUAGUGCAAAAGCCUGACAAGAAAAUAAUCCCAAAUGAAUACAGUGAAGUCACAAGUAGAAUUAAGAUGGUAGAUGGUUUGGUUGUAAUAGAAGCAGUGGAAGGAACAUAAAAAUGCUUUCCACUCAUUUAGGUUUUUGAAACUGAAACUGUUGAGGCUUGAUAAGAAAACACUAAUGGCUGCAAGCUGUCAGGAUUUCACUACCCAGCCAGGCCUCUGCUUGUGUCAGGAAUUCCCUUAAUUCUCCCCACAUUCAGAAGGCAGCAUGGCCCCGGUGUUGCACCUGCCUUUUUGUGAAAGGCCUCUUUAAUAACCUCUUUUCUUUUUAUAUUUCUUCUGUAAGCUGUUUUCCAGAUGUUUUUUCUAUUGUGCCCCUGAAAAUACAGCUGCUGAGAUGAGUUGUGACAAAGAUCUUGGUGGGUUUUUUUUCCUUUAAUUCUGUUAGAGUGUGAUGUGGAUAGUUUAAUUUUUUUCCCUCCACUGAUACUAUUUAAAUUACGCUGUGGUGGGUGCUUUGAAGCUCCCAGCAGAGCCUGUAGUGGUGGGGUCUUUGUCUGCACUUAAUAGCAUCCAUUUGGUCUAUUGUAC